UUCCAAUAUCUCUCUCGUUCAAAGAAUAGAUAUUACCCAGAAAAAAAAAACCAAAUUAAGUUGCAGAAGAAAGAACAAAAAAAAGAAGAGAGAGAGCCAUGAACGGAGAAGAAAGCUUCGUAGAAGAUUGCUCUGAGUUUGUUGAAAUUGAUCCUUCUGGAAGAUAUGGAAGAUACGAUGAAAUACUUGGCAAAGGUGCUUCGAAGACAGUGUACAGAGCGUUUGAUGAGUACGAAGGGAUAGAAGUGGCAUGGAACCAAGUAAAGCUUCGGAAUUUCACGAGGAACCCUGAGGAACUGGAGAAAUUCUUCAGAGAGAUUCAUCUGCUUAAGACCUUGAAUCAUCAAAACAUUAUGAAAUUCUACACUUCUUGGGUUGAUACUAACAAUUUGGCAAUCAAUUUUGUCACUGAGCUCUUCACCUCCGGUACUCUCAGACAGUACAGGUUGAGACAUAGAAGAGUGAAUAUUAAAGCAGUGAAGCAAUGGUGUAAACAGAUUCUGAAAGGGCUUAUCUAUCUUCAUAGCUGUUCUCCUCCAAUAAUCCAUAGAGAUCUCAAAUGUGACAACAUCUUCAUCAAUGGAAACCAAGGUGAAGUCAAGAUCGGGGACCUUGGACUCGCUGCGAUUCUUCGCAAAUCACAUGCAGUUCGUUGUGUUGGGACCCCUGAGUUCAUGGCUCCAGAAGUGUAUGAUGAGGAAUACAACGAGUUGGUUGAUGUGUAUGCUUUUGGAAUGUGUGUGUUGGAGAUCGUCACAUUUGAUUAUCCUUAUAGCGAGUGUACUCACCCUGCACAAAUCUACAAGAAAGUUACCUCGGGGAAAAAGCCUGAAGCUUUCUACUUAGUGAAGGACCCUGAGGUUCGAGAGUUUGUUGGGAAGUGUUUAGCUACUGUAACGUGUAGGCUCACGGCUUUGGAGCUUCUACAAGACCCUUUCUUGGAAGUUGAUGUCGAUGGAUUUGAUAUGAGACCAACUGAUUACUACAAUGGUUAUGAUGAAACUGGUGUGUUCCUUAGACAACCUCUGAUUGACCCUCAUGAUCAGUUUGAGCCACAGAUAUGCGAGAUCGAUCUUUUCGCUAAAGAUGCUGGUGAUGAAGAGUUAGACCAUGUCGACAUUUCGAUCAAAGGGAAGAGAAGCGGCAAUGAUGGGAUAUUCUUGAGGCUCAGAAUCUCUGAUGCAGAAGGACGGAUAAGGAACAUUUACUUCCCGUUUGAAACCGCGAUCGAUACAGCGUGGAGUGUAGCCUCUGAGAUGGUCUCUGAGCUCGACAUAACGAAUCAAGAUGUAACGAAAAUCGCAGAGAUGAUCGAUGCGGAGAUUGCUGCAUUGGUCCCUGAUUGGAAAAUUGAUCACAACGUUACAGAAAGUGACUCAAACGUGAACAACAAUAACAACAAUGGAGGAUUCUGUGGGGAUUGUGCUUCGAAUGGUUACAUACAAGAGACUGUAUCAUCGAACAGUGAAAUCUCCGGAGACAAAUCUCAUCAUCAGUUCGAUUGUUCUGAAGACAGGAGCUGUUCUUCAGUUCACGGUAGGUUCGAGGAGAUUAGUUACCAAGUGGAAGGACAAGAGCAACACGGAGGCGAUGUUGUUGUCUCUGGAGAAGGUGGUAAUGGGAUUCAUUACGCGGAUAUUUGGGGUCUGAGAGAUUCUCGUUCUGACGACGGAGAAGAACAGGUGAGUUUGAGUUUGAAUCCGAGGAGGAGGAGGAAGGUGAAAGGUGAAUGGUGGUCGGAGAAUGAGAUCAGGAGAGAGUUGAGAUGGCUUAAGGCAAGGCAUAGGAUUCAGCUUACGAGAGUUAGAGAUCAAACGAUCUUUGAGAAACCGACGGAGAUCUCUGUUACGACGGCGUUUGGGGAGAGAUUUGAGAUCGGAACUUCAGCUUCGCCGCCUCUUCUUUGUAGGGCGAUCUCGCUUCCCGUCGACGCCGUUGAUAUAUGAAAUUUGUAAAUGUCUAAUUAUAUAGUUAUUUUUACUUUGCAGCAUUUUAAAAAUUUUCUUUAGAAAGAUAAAAAACUUUUUCUUCUUUAUUUGGUCAACAAUUAAACUUGCAACAUUGUUAACUUUUGUUAUAUAAGAGCAUCUCCAGCACUAAAC